GGGGGCGGCUCCGGCGCCAUCGCGGCGGUGCCGGCGGAGCUGCCCGAUGGCCGCGGCGGAGCCGGGGGCGCGCAAGCGGCGGCCCAAGGGGCACUUCGCGGCGGCGGGCCGGGCCAAGCGGCCCCGCGGCGGCGGCGGGCGGCAGCUGGAGGCCGGCAUGCGCGGCAUCCUCAUCACCUGCAACAUGAACGAGCGCAAGUGCGUGGGGGAGGCCUACAGCCUGCUCGGAGAGUACGGGGACCUGCUCUACGGGCCCGAGCAGUUUUCAGAUCACGAGGAGAGGCUGUCUGGAAGCGACAGGGAGGAGGAUGAGGACGACGUUGAGGCGGCCCUGAAGAAGGAGGUUGGCCAGAUCCGUGCCUCGACGGAGCAGAAGCUGCGGCGGUUCCAGUCGGUGGAGAGCGGUGCCAACAACGUGGUCUUCAUCAGAACCCAGGGCAUAGAACCUGAGAACCUGGUGCACCAUAUAUUAAAGGAUAUGCAUACCACUAAAAAGAAGAAAACAAGAGUCAUUCUGCGCAUGCUGCCCAUUUCUGGAACUUGCAAGGCUUUCAUGGAGGAUAUGAAAAAGUACACGGAAACGUUUUUUGAGCCCUGGUUUAAAGCCCCUAAUAAGGGCACUUUUCAGAUUGUUUACAAAGCUCGUAAUAACAGUCAUAUGAGUAGGGAAGAAGUAAUUAAGGAAUUGGCAGGAAUUGUGGGCAGCCUCAAUCCAGAAAACAAAGUUGAUCUUAAUAAUCCACAAUACACAGUUGUGGUAGAAAUAAUAAAAACCGUCUGUUGCUUGAGUGUGGUGAGAGACUAUGUUCUGUUCAGAAAAUACAAUUUACAGGAGGUGGUGAAGAGCAACAAAGAAGACACACAACAAAACCCAUCAAGUGUGACGGAAGAACAGAACUCAAAGGUAGUAAAACCAGAAACUGAGGAGGAGAAGAGCUCAAAAGAAGUAAAACAAGAGAACAAGAAUCAAGGUGAAAUAGAAGCUGAGCCCAAGGGGAAUGAUGCACUUACAGUGUAAAAAAUGCGACAGAAGGGAAAAGUAAACAUAAUCCAAACGUAUAAAAAAAGUUGCCCUAGAGUUCUGAAAGGGUGUUUUAAUGAGGAGAGUGGGUUUUGUUUUGAGAUCCUCUUUUUUAAAAUCCACAUGUGUAAGAAUUUUAAAACUCACUGCAGGUGGAACAGAUACUACAGCAAACGUAAGGGUGCUCAAGAGGACAUCACCUUUCUGGUGAAGCUGGCUGUCCUACAGCUUUGUUCUGCAUUUCCUUUACCUGGCACAAAAAACAGGAGUGUGUGCAUGUAUAUGUAGCUGUAGCCAUCCUGACAUGUAUGGAGUCUCCUUUGUUAUAUAUGAUGGCUACAGUAACCAAAAGGCAGCACAGAACCAGCUCUAUGGUGAGAGAUCUGGAAAAGACAGUUGAUUGCAGAGGGUUUUGAAGGAAGUGAUCUGACAACUGUGUAACUGCAGAACUCAGUAACAUUUUUCUGUGUGAACAACAGAAUUAGGUAAACCUGAUAAUUUCCUGUAUGAUGGAGGGUUUUAUACAUAUAUAUAUAUAUAUUUACAGCUCUACAAGGAUAUGCUGUCUUGAAAUGAAUGGAAAGAACUGCUGUGAUCAAAAUACUUGAAUAUUAUGAGACGAUUUAGAGUAAGAGAUUGAACUGUUCUAGAACAGUAGAAGUACAGUGCAGGCAUUGCAGAUGGUUUUAUCAAAAACUACACAUGUGUUUACAUUAGCUGUGUAUGCAGCAGUUACUGGUUUAUAGAAAAUGCUAUAGUCACUGAACAGAAUCCUUUUGACUAAUCUGCUGCAAAUAGCCUUUUGCUGCUCUUUCCAAAGAAUUAAUCCUUGAGGGAUUUUAUAAAGUUUUUUUUGUUUUUAUUCUUUUCUUACAUCUAAAAAUUUGAAUUUAAAUACUGCUUGGAAACUUCUUCUGAAAGAAGCUCUCCAUUUUACUAUGCUACAUAAGGGGAAUUAAAUUUUAUUUUUUGGUACAUUUUUGGCUUUACAGUAAUAAUUUUGUUUCAGAUUGAAAGUAAUGUUAGUGAGUCUUUCUGUUGUCUGUUACAACAGCUGUUUGAAUAUCCCAGUGACUUUUAAAAACCAACCAAAACCAGUGCAGCUAUAACUUGCUUUCCAAUAGGGUUUUGAAUAUGCUUCCUGUACAACUGUCUUGUUUUAGUAUUUAAUUUCUAGCAUAAAAGCCUGUGCAUUGCUAAUGGGAGAAGACUCAUCUUGAAGAACGCUACUUGUUACUUGUCUUGGUUUAAUGAAAAUGAUGUGUUCAAGUCUCUCAUAAUUUAUAUUUUCCUGUUCUCUCAAAAUUGUUUUAGAAUUUGGAAAAUGAAGAUGACUUUUUUUCCCUAGUCCUGUCUUCCUUACCACCCAUUUAUUAAAACUCUGCUUUCUUACCUCCA